AUGCUCCUUUCGUCGAUCCUCGCUGCUGCGUUCGUUGUGCCGCUUGCGGCGGCCCAUGGCGGCAUGGAGGGAAUGCCUAGGAUAUUUGGUUUACCAAAGGAACUGAGGGCCAGUCACCCUCUGGCAGGUCUCACAGGACGUCAUGCCGCUGAACCGGCUCGUCAUUUCGGUCCUCGUCAGGCAGAAACUCGCUGCGGUCCCAGUAACGGCAAUAAAAAGUGCGCUCAAAAUGAAUGUUGUUCCGUAGAUGGACAGGGGUACUGCGGCACCACCACAGAACACUGCCAAGCUCCCGACUGUUUGCUCGAUUUUGGUCCGGCUUGUGACGCCAACAAAAUUCCUGCUGGAGCGAGUACGCGUAAUGAUCCUCGGCCGAAGCUUGGAAGCAUUCCCUAUGGCGGCGAAGGCAUCUAUGUCUGCAACGACCCUGGCAAAGUUGCAAUCACCUACGAUGACGGCCCCUACAUCUAUACCGAGGGCGUCAUGAAGCAGUUUGAAGCGAGGGGUGCUCAUGCCACCUUCUUCAUCACAGGCAACAACAACGGAAAGGGUGCUAUAGACGAGAAGUGGGCGGCUGUCGUCAAGAAAAUGUACGACAACGGCCACCAAGUCGCAUCCCACACCUGGAGCCACCAAGACCUGUCAAAGAUUACAAAGCAGCAAGCCUACGACCAAAUGGUACACAACGAAAUGGCCAUCCGCAACAUCAUCGGCAAAUACCCCACCUAUAUGCGCCCGCCCUACUCGUCAUGCAACGCUCAAUGCCAGGCCGUCAUGUCCGAACUCGGCUACGUAGUCUCCUACUUCGACCUCGACACCGACGACUACAACCAACUAAACACCAUCCAAGUCGCCAAGGACAACUUCAAAAAAGGCAUCGACAGCCGCAACACGGCCCCUUUCGACGGCGACAGACUAGUUAUCGGCCACGAUAUCCACCAGCAAACAGCUGAGAACCUCACUACCUACAUGCUGGACUACCUCUACAAGCAGGGUCUGCAAGCCGUCACCAUGGGCGAAUGUCUCAAAGAUCCAAAGGCGAAUUGGUACCGUGAUAGUGCGCCUGCUGCCCCAGGAACCAUUGUGUCAUCGACUGUUGCUGCCGCUCCCGCACCUAGUGCUACAGGGCCCCCAACAACGGAUGGAUCGUGCGGGCCGGCGAAUGGGGGGAAGACGUGCAUGGGGUUCGUUGCUGCUGACGGUAAGCUGGGUGAAUGUUGUAGCCAAUAUGGGUUUUGCGGUAGUGCGGAGGGGUAUUGUGGGACGGGCUGUCAGGUUGGAUUUGGCAAGUGCGGUAGAGGUGGCGGUGAUGGUGGUGCGACCGUAUCUCCCCCUUCUGCGUUUAUUCCCGCUGCUUCUACUGCGGUGGUACCUCCCUCAUCUACCCCCGCUGCCGUUACAACAGCACCAGCACCACCAGCCGCUGCUUCAUCAACACUAUCAACAGCCAUCGCGCAACCCAGCUCCCCUACCCCACCCCCUCCCCCUCCUGCAACUUCUCCUCCCGCCCCCAGCAAACCCCUCAUCUCUACAAGCGGAAAAUGCGGCGCUAGGAACGGCGCUCAAACCUGCGUGGGCUACAAGUCCAACUGGGGGAUGCAAAUGGAGUGUUGUAAUCUCUUGGCAAAUAUCUAA